AUGGAUAUUGAUAUUAAUAAGCAACAUGAUCAAAUAACUAUUUUUGAACGUCCAAAACAAAUUAAUAAAGAAUUGAAACAGAAAGCAGAUAAUAAUAAUAUUUAUUAUGAUAUUAAUAAUUAUCAACAAGUUUAUGAAAAAAAUGCUGCACAAGAAAAUGCAAGUAGUGAUCUUGUCCGAUGUGUGCACCAGCUCAUCACUCGUGUAUAUGUUGAUUGGGACUAUCAACUUGAUAUUUGUAAAGAUAAAAAGCAAACAGGUUUUAAAUUGUUGUGCUUUUGGUGA